AUGGCCACUGAAACCGCUGUGUACACUCACGGAGAGACCGAAUCAGUGCUGCGUGCGCUGUACUGGCGUACCGCAACCAACUCCGCUGCGUACCUGAUUCCUGCACUGCGCUCCGACAUGCGCAUCCUGGACAUCGGGUGCGGGCCUGGCACAAUCACGGCGGACUUGGCAAAGCUGGUGCCUAAUGGUGAUGUCGUCGGCGUGGAGCUCGCCGGCGAUGUUCUGGAAAAGGCGCGCGCGAAUGCGGCGGCGCUGGGGGUGAAGAACGUGCAGUUCGUGGUCGGCGAUGUGAACGGACUGGCGUUUCCCGAUGGCACGUUCGACGUCGUGCACGCGCACCAGGUGCUGCAGCACGUCGGGGAUCCCGUGCGGGCGCUGCGCGAGAUGCGUCGGAUCACGAAGCCUGGCGGGAUCGUCGCCGUGCGCGAUACUGACUUCGACACCUUCACGUGGUUCCCCGACGUCGAGGGCAUGGCCGACUUCAAGGAGAAGUAUGUGCACGUGCAACGCGCAAAUGGUGGAGAGCCAUUGGCGGGACGGCGUCUGCAUGCGUGGGCGCGCGAGGCUGGGUUCGAUCCCGCCAAAAUCACCAAGUCCUCUAGUACCUGGUGUUACGGCACCCCGGAGGAACGCGCGUGGUGGGGCGGCCUUUGGGCUGACCUUAUCGUCUCACCUGGAUUGACGCGCACCGCGAUCUCCAAUGGCGUUGCUACGAAGGAAGAAUUGGAGCAGUUUGCGGCAGCGUUAUGUAAGUGGGCUGGUGAAGAGGAUGGCUGGUUUGCCCUUAUGCAUGGUGAGGUUCUUUGCCGCGUUUGA